AUGGAGGCCAUCCAGUGUGAAACUGGUGUAAGGGCACAUCUGCAGCCAUACAGCUAUGUGGUCAGCAAGCCCCUGGGCCGGAACUCCUACAAGGAGCAGUACCUCUCUGUCUACAGGACGGGUGUGGUGUCGGUGGUGAACAGUUACUACUAUGAUGACGGCUGUGAGCCCUGUGGGAGCGACACCUUCAGCAGGGAGCCCUUCAUCUUGAAGUUCUCCUCCCCCUACACAGAGGUGCAGGAGUUUGUGCUGGUGCCCCUGCAUACACCCCCCAGCGAGGCUGUGGCAGAGAUUGAUGCCCUCUACGAUGUCUACUUAGAUGUCAUCGACAAGUGGGGGACUGAUAACAUCAUCUUCCUGGGAGACUUCAACGCUGACUGCUCCUAUGUCGGGCCGCAGGACUGGCCUUCCAUCCGCCUGCGCUUCCAGUGGUUCAUCCCGGACAGUGCAGACACCACCGUGUUGUACACAAACUGUGCCUACGACCAGAUCGUGGUGAGUGGCUCUGAGCUGCAGCGUGGUAUGAUGGCCAGAUCUGCCAAGGUCAACAACUUCCAGGAGACUUUCCACCUGCAGCGUGAGGAUACCCUGACCGUGAGUGACCAUUUCCCGGUGGAAGUGACUCUGAAGGCUCACUGA